AACACAAUGAGCAGAAAUUCGGCAAUGAAAGAGAGCCGUCUAAUUGCUGCCAUGGGAACAUCGCGUGCUUUCAUUAGCCCAAUAGCUUAGUUCUUGAUUUCGUAUUCACCUUCAACUUGGAGUGCUUGUCGAUCCCCUUAUGAUACACAUUUGUCCUCCAGCGGUUACUUGACAAGUCUUGCCUUCAGAAUGAAAUAAAUAAGAGUUCGUAUAAGAAAAGGCUGGAUAUCUAGAGCCUCCACUUAUGGAAAAUAUGAUUAUUUACGGCAAAGAGAAAGAAAUUAUUAAAGCGCAAAAGCGCUCUUUAGCCGCAUGGAUUAAUAACACUUUAGGUGUAACCGUCGUUCAUGCUGACAAUCUGAUACAAAAGCUAUCCACUGGUGUCAUUUUGUGUAGAUUGGCAAAAUGCAUACAGUCGAAAGUAGAUGAAUUUCGGCAAUACUAUGAAAAGUCAGAAACACAGUUACAGUUGAAAUAUUGGGAGCGAGCCAAGAGAGAAACAUUUUUCGCAAGAGACAACGCCGAAAUGUUUAUCCGAUGGUGCAAAAGUUUUGGAGUUCGUGAUGCAGUCUUAUUUGAAUCGGAUGGAUUGGUUCUGCAAACCCAACCACGUACUGUAAUAUUAUGUCUCUUGGAGCUCUCUCGAUUGGCAUCAAAAUAUGGUAUUCUGCUCCCUCCUCCUAUUCAGCUUUCACCGACUUCAACUAUAGCUGUGACAGAUGAUAUGUCAGAUUGCUCAGAUGAUGAAUUCUUUUUCUCUGCUUCAAUACAUCCCCCAACCAAAAUUCAACGAUGGGAUUCCGGAUGCUCUAGUGGACCCAGAAGUCCUUCUCCAAGUUCAGUUUACUCUAAAACCUCAUCACCUAGUUCUUCUCUAAAGCGCAGCUCGAUUCCCUUGCGGAAAAAGGACAAGAACGUAGUAGUGGUGGUCAGAAGCCGUUCAGACAACUAUCUGGCAGAAAAUACAAUGUCAAAAGUAUUCUCUCCACGAACUUCGUCUCCAUCGUUGAGACGUAGCUCUUCGUCGGUGAGAACGGAAACUAUCAGCAGCAGAAUAAGAUCUAAUCCCAAUCUCAGCAGAAGUUCAUCAUCCAUAGCGUCAUCCAGGAGUUUGAUGGAAAGAAACAACAAGCUGCACUUGGAUGGCGUUCCUCUCUUGGCGCAAAGGAAGCGAUCAGCUCUCGACAAAAAGGUGUUGGAAGUAGCUCGUCAAUACAAUAAAGAUGAAAACAAAAUUCGACGCAUCUCAGAGGGUCAUUAUAUUUUUGGAGAUAAAAAUGUAUUACUUCGGAUUGUUCGAGGAAAUAACGUUGUGGUGCGUUUAGGUGGAGGAUGGGAUACGUUGGAACACUUUCUUUCAGGUCUGGAUUUCAACAAGCCAUUGUUACCCAAGAAAUCGAACAUAAAACAUGAAACUCAAAAGCGCCGACUCGUCGUAAAAAAUAUUUCACCUUAUACGACCAUGUGAGCAACCAUUUCAAGAAAUCGUUCCACUUUGAGGAAAAUGAAAUUCAGCAUUUCAGUAAGAACUAAAAAGAAGCAAACAAACUUAUGUUUUAUGGUCCUAUAUUACUGCUAUCAUUCUUCUUCUUGUCAGUUAUUUAUAUAUUUUCUUGGAUGUGAUAAAAAUAACAAGAGCUUUUUAUAAGAUAAAAUUCUCACUAUUUUCAAUAAAAGAGUUUGCAAAGAUCCUUUU